GGACGAGAACUGCAGGAAGAAAAUAGCUGAGACAAAAGAGAAGCUGCUCGGACUUUUGUUUACGUCCUCUCACACUCUGGAUUUGUUGACAACUUUUUGGAUGUACUACUCGUUUUUGUGGAGUCGCUCACUUCGGAACUGACGGCCGCUUAUUUGUUAUUCGCAGACAUUUAAUUGUCCUCACUUUGGAUGUUUACGCAGUCAUGUGUCACCUCUGACAUGCACAGCACGCCCAGAGCCCAUGGAAGCGCAGUAACCACACAGCCGAGUGCAGGACGUCCCCGGCCCAAGUCGACCGAGAGCCGCAGAGAGCAAAGCACCGGCUUCUGCUCGCCCGUCGCGGAAGAAGAAGAAAGAGGAGGAGGAGCCGGAGGGAGCACGCCGCGGUCGCCGUCUCGCCGCCGGUGCAGCGUCGCCUCCCUGCCUCCGGAGCGCCGCGGCGUGUUCGAGACCAGAUCCAUAUUCCAGUUCCCGUACCGGCGCUCAUCCAGCGGAUACUUUUCUUUGGAGGGGGACUCGCUUCCCGCCUCGCCGCUCUCCCCGCGGGCCCCCACGGCCACCCGCGCCACGCAGACCCCCAGCCCCUGCGCCCAGGUGGUUGAACACGCCCUGCUGCGCGUGGCCGAGGAUCAAGCGGGGGCCAUGCAGGCCGUGGAAAUCGGACGAGAGCUUCGACGCAUCGGAGAUGACUACAACGACUAUAUUCUGAGGGGAGCGGCGGGCAGGCGGGUCGUGAUCCACCAGAACCAGUUGCUGCCGCACAUCCACCAGGAGCCCGCCAUCCUUCUCUGCAUGGGCCUCCUGUUCUUUCUGAUCGGACGGUACUUGCACGGCAUCGCCAACGGCCAGCCGGACCAGUCUGCGGUUUAGCCGCGGGAAAACCCAGCAGACGUAGCGUGGUUUCAGAUCCGACCAUCAUCUUCUUUCAUUCUUUUUUUUUUUUUUUUUAGGAACCUAAUUUUUAAGCUUUAGACUCUCAAAAAAAUGGAACUAUCAGGAACUCUAAAAUGUGUGGAUUUUUCGCUUUUGCGCUUCCUGUGUUUUCUCCCCAUUGUCGCCGAGCCUUUGAGAUGCAACCAAAGAGUUGGGAAUUUGCACUCCCUUCCAAAAAAAAAGACGCCGCCUGUGGGAAUCCAAACGUGCCUUGUACAUUCCCCCUGUAAGUUUCUCUUUUGUUUACCUUUUUUUUUUCUGUGCCGUUUUGCCGCAUUGUUGAGUCAACUCUGCAGACCCAGGGUUGUUAAAUUAUAUGGGUCCAAUUCCCUGGACGACGAAAGGGAACUUUUACACUUUUACACAUCUACCGUUCCGAGCACACAUGUCCGUUUUUAGAUACGUAGCUUCUCCUACUAUAAAAAUAACAUGAAAUCCAGAUUAUGUUUUUUGUGGCAAAACAAAAACAAGUAUUUGAUCAAACUUCUAGUGUGAACAAAUGAAGUCUCCUUAGUGUGUGGAUAUGAAACAACUGGAAAAAAAAAACCCGCUUCAAAAUGAGGCAUUUGUGCAACCACUAGAUCCAAACCACCGGUGUGACCAACUACUUAAUCUUUCGAGGACCGGUGAUCAAACGCCACUUUUCUUUAGCAUCACCAUCGUCAGACUGAAAGUGGCUGUCACAGAUCCAUUUCCUGUCCGUUUAACUCAGGGGUGUUCAAACCUUUUGAAUUGGGGCCCGCAUUGGGCUAAAAAAAUUGGUCAAGGGCCGAAAGAGUGUGUGGAAAGUUUGACUUCUACCUUGUUUACUUCCGUGACAACCUCCUUAAAGCUUUGCAAUCAAUCAGAAAUAUCAAGCAAAAAAUGGUUAAGUGUGGAGAGUGUUUUGCAUUUUUCCCAUUUAAAUGGGUGUAAUUUUGAAUCUUUUAUGGUGCACAAAUGUUAUCUAUAAUGUACAAAGUUCAUGGAGCAGGUUGUGUUAUGUGUGACCAUGUCUAUUUUUUUUGCACCAUGACUAGGGAAGGUUGUUUGCAUUGGUUCAUAUAAGUAUAUGCUGCGAUUGUUUCCAUUCAGAGCAUAAUUCAAGGUCCAUCCAUCCAUUUUCUACCACGGUAGGAAAUGGAUGGAUAAUUCAAGGUCAUUGAUGUGAAUUACCCACGUUGUCCCUAGAUCGUGACAAAAUGUUAGCAUCAAAAUUGUUGAUCUAUCAAAUUGCGCGCAAUCCUGUCAGGUUCAAACACUGAUGACAUCUAUUAACCAAGACAAGAAACAAGGAAUUAAACAGAGACAGAAUUCAAUUUGGCUCAGUGAGGAGAGACGCCUGGAAACUGGACCCUUGUACAGUGUCUCAGCGCGCUCUGGCGAAAGAUUGUACGCCUCCUCUUUUAUUUGGACUUUCCCCGAUUACAUGGCAACAGCUGUUUCUAAGGGAUGGGGGUCGUAAACAGCCAUCGCAUUUGAUUGAAACAGUUAAAAGAAAAAGGUCGGAAAACAGUUCAAAGAACUGGUCCCUGGAGGGGAGUCGGGUCCUGCUUCCUCUUCGCUUUGUAGUUCUCGGGUCAAAACAAUAUAUUUCUGUAGAUUACAAUACAUGAAAGAAACAGAACACCUUUAUGUUGCUUCCCAUUCUACACAGUGGAGUUUUACAAGCCUUUUUCUUGGUAGGUUCAAAGACAGCUUUUGUCUUCUCGCCGGGAACUCAGUAUUGUGAUAACUUAGAUACAAUUAUUCUGACAAUCCCCCUUUGGGUAAGAUUCCUUAUUAACUCAUGACGUCUCGCAGGGCCAAAUUGAAGAAAUCGUCGGCCUGCAUUUGGUCAACCUGUGGUUUGGACACCCCUGAUGGGUCGUAGUUAGCGCAUCGCAUGGCAGCCUUCGCCAUUUGUACUCCACAAUUUUGUUGUUCUUAAUGUGCAAUUGCAAUAAAAACGCUAUUCUAAUAGCGCAAUGACUCUUCCCACGUCCAAGUCUGCUCUUGCCCGUCGUCCCGGUAAACGCUUUCAGAGAGCGCGCGCUGGAAAAACGCACAAUCUCACCAAGUAUAUACUGUAUUUCGAAUUUCUAGUGAAUACAUUAAAAACUUUACACAAGUCACACUCCCCUGAAUAGUGGGACAUAAGAACUUGCUUUUAGGCAAUAUACAAAAAAUACUACUUUUGAGCAUUUAAAAUUUGUUAUGACACAUUUCGCAAUACUACUAAGUAUAGCUAAUACGUUUUAAUUGCUGAUUUCUUAUUUUAAGAAAUUUUACAGAGACAAUAUUGACUGGUUCCAUUGGCAGUUUUUUUUUGGGAUCAUUACAAGCAAAAAUUAGCAAAAGAAUCAAGUCAGAAUUGUCUUGGUAAGAUUUCCUGAAAUAGGAAAUGUAUUAUUAGCUAUACUUACUAGUAUUGUGAAGUUUUGUUUCUAAAUAUGUGACGUUCAAAAGUAAUAUUUUGUUUCCUCAGAAGAUCUAAAACAUACUUGCCAACCCUCCCGAAUUUUCCGGGAGACUCCCGAAAUUCAGCGCCUCUCCCGAAAACCUCCCGGAACAAAUAUUCUCCCAAAAAUCUCCCGAUUUUCAGCCGGAGCUAGAAGCCACGGGAGGACAACAGGGUGACAAGAACUAAAUCAUCCAGACUAGAGAUAAAUUGUAUUAUUAUGUUUAUCUUACCUAAAAAUAAGUAUAUUUAUUAAUUAAAAAAACAAAAAAACUAAAUACAUUUUUACUAUAUUUUGCUAAAAACAUCAAAAUUAAUUGUAUUUUUAUUUGUAUUUUUUCGGGACUCCUUAUUACAUCCAGCCAUAGAAUUAUACAUUAAAAUAAACAUAUUUGAAAUAAUUGAUUUUAAAUUAUCAUAAUAAUUCAUUUAAA